AGCCUUAACCCUCCUCGCCUUUCCACGAAAUAAAGGCGAAACUUUCAGAAACCCUAAGAUGAAUCUCUGAGAUUCCUUUUCCUUCCAUUCUAUUGUAAUUUUGAUUAUCUUCGAAGCUCGAUCUUUUUAAAUCUCAGGAAAACGUCCCAAGCUUGCCAAAUCGCUGUUCUCGAAUCUUCCUCUCUACCCUAGCUCUGGUCAUCUUCUCAUCAUCGUCUCCCUGGAUCGAGAAAAUUACUGCUCUGUUGUUUUUGCUGGAAUUUUGUUUCAGCCUCUUUCAUUGUUUUCUGGUUACCGGCGAGAUCUGCUGCGCUUUACUAGGUAUUUAAUUAUCAGGUGCUUUUUUCUUUUCCUUCUUCGUCAUUGUUAGAAUUUAGAGAUCCCAAUGGCAACAUCUUUGGAUAUGUCACUUGAUGAUCUGAUAAAGAGCAGAAGUACUAGCGAGAGAGGGAGAGGAGGACGAGGCCGGGCCAUGCGAGGCCGAGGCAGAGGUCAAGUCACAGGACGGAGUUUUGGCCGUGGAAGAACGGGAGGAAAUCGUAGAGGGGCUCUAAGGGUGAAUGCACGGACAUCAUCUUAUGCAAUUGCCAAGUCUUUCAGCAGACCCAAGGAUUUUACAUGGCAACAUGAUUUGUUUGAAGAUAGCCUGAUGGCUGCAGGGAUAUCUGGAAUUGAAUCUGGAACAAAAUUAUAUGUCUCAAAUUUGGACUAUGGUGUUAGCAAUGAAGAUAUAAAGGAACUUUUCUUUGAGAUUGGAGAGCUGAAGCGGUAUGCAAUCCACCACGACAGAAAUGGGCGAUCAAGUGGUACGGCCGAGGUGGUGUUUGUUAGAAGAAGUGAUGCAUUAGCGGCUGUUAAGCGAUAUAAUAAUGUUAUACUGGAUGGGAAGCCAAUGAAGAUUGAACUCAUUGGCACCAAUCUGGAAAUUCCUGUUUCAGCUCGGGUGAAUGUAAUUGGAGCAGCAAAUGGAAGAGGAAAGAGAACGGUUGUUAUGACGCCUCAAGUGCGUCGAGGUGGAGGUUCUGUUCCAGCAAAUCGUGGUUCUGGGUGGGGCCGUGGGGUUCCCUGGCAUGGUCGUGCCCGUGGUCGUGGCGGUAGCGGUGGCCGUGGCCGUGGCCGUGUUCGUGGUCGGGGACGUGGCCAGGGGAGGAAGCAACCUGUUGAGAAGUCAUCUGACGACUUGGAUAAAGAAUUGGAUAGCUACCAUGCUGAAGCAAUGCAAACAUCCUAGUUCUUAUCAGAUAUCUGAACUGAAACAUUAUUGGGUAGUUAGAAGAUUAGCAGAAUGAGCUGUAUACAGAAGUUGGCAAUGGGGCAUUGUUACAGUGGUAAAUUUUUUGGGUUGUUAUGUUCAUAUGCUUCGCUCCUGGUUAGAAUUCAGGUUCUAAUCUAUUAGAAUUUGAAGUAAUCUUAAUGUGGACAAAGUAGUUAGUGUAAGAUCCUUCAAUACCUUGAUUUGUGU